AUGCCGGCGCCCGGAGCUGACCCCGGCCUGUCCCGACCUACAGCGAUGCGAGCCGCCCUGCUGAUCCAGCGCUGGUACCGGCAGUACGUGGCCCGGCUGGAGAUGAGGCGCCGCUGCACCUGGAACAUCUUCCAGUCCAUCGAGUACGCCGGAGAGCAGGACCAGAUCAAGGCGAGAAGUAAUGUUACUGAGGCAUUCUGUUGUUUUUUUCCAAAUUGUACCUUCUGGCCAUCUUCCAAUCAAGGAAACCUCAUAUCCCACAUCUUUCGUGAGAAUGACUUCUGCCGCGACGCUGAAUGGGAGAGAUAUUUUUGCUGCAAGAGCAUCGAGGUCCCUGACGGCUACAGCGGCCCUCAUCUCAGCUUCCCAAUGACGCUCUGCGGGGUCUCGCAGCUGGUUGAGGCUUUUAAACACAAACAACAGCUCCAUGCUCGAUAUGUUCUGCAGAUUCUUGGAGAGACUUGGAGACUUCUAAGAAUCCUCCCGAACAUCAAUCAUGUUUCCAUCAGCCACACCAAGGAGAUUACUAUAUGCGGAGACUUGCAUGGGCACCUGGAGGACCUGCUGCUGAUAUUCUAUAAGAACGGCUUGCCAUCCUCUGAGAAACCAUACGUCUUCAAUGGAGACUUUGUGGAUCGAGGUAAAGACUCGUUAGAGAUCCUGCUCAUCCUGUUUGGGUUCCUGCUGGUUUAUCCCAACGAUGUUCAUCUGAACCGCGGGAACCACGAGGAUCACAUUGUCAACCUGAGAUAUGGUUUCACUAAAGAGGUUCUGGGGAAGUACCGGAUGCAUGGCAAGAAGAUCUUGAAGCUUCUCCAGAAGAUCUUCAGCUGGCUUCCUCUGGCCACCGUCAUCGACCACAAGGUGCUGGUCGUUCACGGCGGGAUCUCUGACACCACGGACCUGGACACCGUGGCCAGAGUGGACAGACACAAGUACGUGUCGGCUCUCCGGCCUCCUAAGUUGACCCGCCACGCCGUGAACGGGAACCACACUGAGGCGACGCUCGGCAGGAGCGGAGAGGUGGAAGGUCGGCGUCGGGUCUGCUCCCUCACUCACCACGGCUCCCCUGCAGCCCAGAGACACCACCCCCCUCGACGGUCCCUCCAAAACCUGCCCUUCAGCCCUCAGCAGGGCUGGUCGGUGGAGGACGAGCUCAGGAGGAGGCGCAGGCUGGCCGGAUUCGACCAGCGCUACGGAGAAAGGAAGACAUCCGACUCCGACUCAGAUCCAGAGUCUGGAGAGGGAACAGAGACCGACGAGCGGGAGUGGAAACAGAUCGUAGACUUGCUGUGGAGUGACCCCAUGCCCCAAAACGGCUGCAUUCCCAACGAGAUUCGAGGAGGAGGCUGCUACUGGGGUCCGGACGUGACGGAGGAGGUGCUGAGGAGACACAACCUGCAGCUCCUCAUUCGCUCCCACGAGUGCAAGCAGGACGGCUACGAGUUCUGCCACAGCCGCAGGGUGCUGACCAUCUUCUCGGCAUCCAACUACUACGAGGUGGGCAGCAACAGAGGAGCGUACAUCCGGAUGGGCCCCGAUCUGGUGCCGCACUUCAUUCAGUACCAGGCCAGCAGCACCUGCAGAGAGCUCACCUUGAGACAAAGCGUGGGCUGGACAGAGCGGUCCGCCCUGCGAGCUCUGAGAGAGCAGCUGUUCGUACACCGGUCAGACCUCAUCAGCGCCUUCCAGGAGCUGGAUCCUAACAACACAGGGAUGAUCUCUCUGAGGGACUGGGCCAGUGCCACGGAGUCGGUGCUGAAGCUGGGCCUGCCCUGGAGGGUCUUGCGUCCCCAGCUGGUGGGCAGCAGCAGCCGGCCGGGCGUGCUGGACUACCAGCAGUGGAUCAGGGAGCUGUCCAUCACCGAGCCCCGCCUGGAGAUCUCCAACACCGGCAUCCUGGAGACCAUGUACAAGAACCACUCCAACCUGGAAACCAUCUUCCGGAUCAUAGACACAGACCACUCAGGUCUGAUCUCUUUUGAGGAGUUCCGUCAGACCUGGAAACUUCUGAGCUCUCACCUGAGGACGGAGAUCAGCGACGAGGUGAUCGCAGACCUGGCCCAGAGCAUCGACUUCAACAAGGACGGCAGCAUCGACAUCAACGAGUUCAUGGAGGCCUUCAGGCUGGUGGACCUCUCUGCUCACACGUGACCAG